AUGAAGUUCCAAAAUAUUAAGCUUCUCUUUGAGAACAAAUGCGCAAAAAAAAUCAUCUCAAAAGUAACUAUACCAGCAAUCUUUGCCAUACUCUUGUUUACCAUCACCCCAUUAUCUUAUCCUUUGUUUGGUUUCUCUUCACUCUUGAACAUCAACAAAUCUAAGCUGCAAUCCUCUGCAUAUGAUGAUCAUUUGAAUGAAGCAACAAGCUUUCCCUCAACAACUGUCAACAAGUGUGACAUUUUCAAUGGGGAAUGGAUACCAAAUCCAAAGGCACCAUAUUACACAAACAGAACAUGUUGGGCAAUUCAUGAGCACCAAAAUUGCAUGAAAUAUGGAAGACCUGACUCUGAGUUCAUGAAAUGGAGGUGGAAACCAAAUGAGUGUGAACUCCCAAUAUUCAACCCCUUUCAGUUCCUAGAAAUUGUUAGGGGAAAAUCUAUGGCUUUUGUUGGAGACUCAGUUGGAAGAAAUCAGAUGCAGUCUAUGAUAUGCCUCUUAUCAAGGGUGGAAUGGCCCAUAGAUGUAUCAUACAAAGCAGAUAACUAUUUCAUGCGAUGGAAGUAUCCUAGCUACAACUUCACCAUUGCCACUUUUUGGACACCCCAUUUGGUCAGAGCCAAAGAAGCAGAUUCAGAUGGUCCAAGCCACACUGGCCUAUUUAACCUUUACCUUGAUGAGUUUGAUGAGAAAUGGACAACCCAAAUUGAAGAGUUUGACUAUGUCAUUCUCAAUGGAGGGCAUUGGUUCUUUAGGCCAAUGGUUUUCUAUGAGAAACAAAAAAUAGUUGGAUGCCAUUAUUGCAUCUUAAAAAAUGUCACUGACUUAACCAUGUACUAUGGCUAUAGAAAGGCUUUUAGGACAGCAUUUAAGGCCAUCAAUAGUUUAAAAAACUUUAAGGGAAUAACAUUUCUUAGAACAUUUGCACCAUCUCAUUUUGAGAAUGGGUUGUGGAAUCAAGGUGGGAAUUGUGUGAGAAUAAAGCCAUUUAGGAGUAAUGAGACACAAUUAGUAGGCACCAAUUUGGAGUUAUAUAUGAUCCAAUUAGAGGAGUUCAAAAUUGCUGAGAAGGAAGGCAGAAAGAAGGGUUUGAAAUUCAGGUUGCUUGAUACAACACAAGCAAUGUUAUUGAGACCAGAUGGUCACCCAAGUAGAUAUGGGCAUUGGCCACAUGAGAAAGUGACACUCUAUAAUGAUUGUGUGCAUUGGUGCUUGCCAGGGCCCAUAGACACAUGGAGUGAUUUCCUGCUAGAAAUGUUGAAGACGGAGAGGUUUCAUUUGCACACAAAUUGACAAAUCAA